GCAACAGAAAAUACUAUAAUGGAAUAGGGGCACUGAGAGGCCGUCGGCACAUACCCAGCGUGUUUUUAGAAAUAACUUCAUGCCCUAAGUUCUAAAACCAUGUAUAUUUUUAAAGCUCAGAAUAUCGGAUUACCCUUCGGUUCAAAACGAGGAACCGGAUGUGAUUUUAGACCCUUAAAAUGUAGACAAAAUUUUAGCGUGACAUCCUCAAAAUUUUUAAAAAAUAAAAUUGAAAUAAAAUAAAACCAAUGAAAAAUGUUAAAUAUCAGUUCUACUCGCAAUUAAAUCAAGCACAUAAUUAUUACCAUAAGAUUUCUGGGUUGGAUAAAUCUUGAACAGGUAGCCUAGCCAGGCUCGCGAAUAAUAUUCAAAUCGAGCUCUUUUUGUAGCCUGUCUCGGGCCCCGAAAAAGCGGUUUAGUGGCGGACGCGAAGCGAACGAACUUAAUACCAGUCGUUCAUGGCCGUAUCGCCAAGAACAUAUAACACUAAAGCUUCCGCUUUUAACAGAGAGGAACGAUGGCCACUUGUGUAGCCUGAGUUGUCGGAAAGAUUGUUUUUCUCGGGUUCCAUUUUUUACGGCAGAGCUUCCACGAGAGAUGAGCGAGCGAUUUUCGCGAAGGGAUUUCAAAUCUUCUCGCGGCGUCCACCAAUAAGCUUAACAGGACAUGCCCACUUUUCCCUCCAUCUACGCCGGCUAUGAACCAUUAGUCUGACUAGUGAAAGCGGUCUCAACUAAAGAAAAUAGGCUCUUUGUCUUUCUCGCAGUCAUUAAGCACUCGUGGUAGGCUCUGAGGAAAAUUUCCGUAAAGAAAAUAAUAAAUAAGAAUAAAAAAUAAUAAUAAACGACAAGGGGAAUUUGUUACUGUCACGCAAACAUGGUUUCGUCCUCUGAGCCCCACGUAAACCAAGCAUUACAGACUUGCGAUCUAUUCAGAGUGUGACUGAACACAGCUUCUCUAGAACUGAUCUAUCCUUUUGCUGUUCAUUGUAACGUCUUUAUAAUGAAGAGCUAUGCAGUCAAAAAGCUUUUAAAGAGAAAAAUGCAAGGACAUGCUUAAAAGAAGUUCAAUAGCAUUUAGUCUUCGAAAUGUCAUGUGGUCUAAGUGCGCGCAUAAGUGCUGAGCAUGCGUCGUCCUUAGGAAGCAAAAGGAGAGCGCUUGUUUUGUUGACAUCCUUAAGGAAUGUAAAUAAACGACAAUAUCGUUAAAUCUACUCAAUAAGAUUGACGAAAUUUGGUUCAUAUAAAAAAUUAAUUCAUCGAAAGCCUCAAAACAAAAUUUGAAACUUUCCUUCACUUACUUUCGAAAGUGUCACGUAGCUAGCUUUUUCUUUUAUUUGUUUGGUCAAGCACCCCGCUUUGACUAUUCCUACCCGGUAUCUCAAUCAAAAAGUAUUUUAGAUCAGGGUACAAACUUUCUAGAUCCUCUCGCCUUUUAUCUUUGUUUUAAGCUAAAAUUUUAAAAAAAGGAAAGAACUGAAGAAAGAAAGAAAUAAAUAAAGAAAUUUUUACAAGACCGAAUCAUUCAAAGGAAAUAAUGGUUUUAUUAUUGGUUUACAAUAAUCAGCAAAAUAUUAAAAGUUACACCUAACGGAAACCAAGAAAGUCUGGAUUCCACGCUUUGGAUUCUGGAUUCUAGGUAAUGGAUUUCGGAUUCUUUGCCAAUGGAACAUGGAUUCUGGAUUCCAAUCGUUAGUGGGAUUCUGUAUUCCAUAAGCUGUAUUCCGGAUUCCAAAGCCCAGGAUUUCUAAGAAAUCAGCCUUGAUUCUAGACCGAUGAUGCUUGGUUGUGACCUUGUAGGAGGUCCGCGGUUUAUUCCUGAGACCUUAUCAUGGCUGAUAUCAUCCUUUUAGCUGCAUUCAAGAAAUUUAGGUUACGGCAAGAAAAUUUACCCUUCAAACAGUUUAUCAAAACUCGAGCUUUUGUAUCCUCCUUGAUCUUUUCAAUCUUUUAGUCCCCUCAAAUAUCCUUCCUCAUACUUGAUAGUUAAUAAAUAUUGUUCAUUAAAUUAUCAUUGUACUCAUUGUCAAUGUAUAAUAACGUAUUGUUGUUGUUAUUAUUAUUAUUAUUGUUGUUAUCAUUAUUACUUAUUCUACUUUUUUGUUUUUGCUUUUUUUUUUAGAGGAGGGCCCAGUAAACCAAGAUCAAGAUGUCUUGUAAGCCUUUUAAACCAUUUAAUGUUUUAUAAAGCACCAGUCUAUUAAAAGUCAAAGUGAAAACAAAGAAAACAUCUUUUCCUUAGGGAAAAUCCUACAAUUUGUCAUUUUGAAUUGGAUGUACUUGCAAUUAUUUGACGAAUUAGGUUUAUUUAUGGUGUUGUGGAAAACGGAUCCCUAUUAAAUGAACAUACACGUAGUAUAGCGAAGAUCCAUGUUUUUCCGCAUAUGCAACGGGGACACUGUUGUUUUUUGUUGUUGUUUGUCUUAAAUGUUUAGGGCUCAAAAAUCCCCUUCUUAUAAAUUGUUUACUAGUUACAAUUUGAUAACAAACAUUUUUCCAAAAAUUGUUGAAUAUUGGUUUCUUAUGAUAACAGGUGAGGGUAGGCCAGAUUUAACAAGCAAUUUAUGACCAAGAAUACAAACUAAGCCUUUUCUCUUUCCAGAAUUGUAAAACAGCAUCAAAAGUAGUGUAAUGUUAAUGUUAUUGUAAAAUCGCUAGUUAUAAAUGUUAUUUGUAAAAGUCAGAAUUUCUAGUAAAAUCUUUAAAGUUGGUGGUCAUUCUGAAUGAUUUUCCUUUCCCCACCACAUCACACAAUUUUAUGUGGUCAAAGCCCGUUUGAGUUAAAACCCAUGAGGUUCCAAGCCCUCGCCCACCGGACCACGGUUACCACACUCAAUUAACGUCACCUUCCUAUGGUUUUCACGUAGAUGAAAGUUGCGCUUGGUUUUUAUAUGUUUUGUUUUAAUCCCUUUAACAUACUUUUAAAAAUGUUUUUUUUUUCAGGGAACAUUGGAUAUGAGGUUUACAAAGGUAUUAUGGGAGAAGAAUUGUUCAAAAAGAAGAUUGAAGAGUUUGAAAAGGUAAUUAAGCCUUGUUUAUUUUAAUAAGAAAACUGUAAGAAAGUGUGACAGUUAAAUAAACAACUAUUGUUAGAGGGCUACCAAAGAGAGAGUCUCAAAACUAACGACACAUAAAUAAAUGAUAACAAUUGGUGACGGUGAUCAUCUUCUGAAAGGUAAAGUCGCUGCCAAGCUAUAUGGAAAAUUCCCUCUUUUACUAUAAUACCUUACUCUACUUUACUCUGCGUUUUCAAGUGGCUUUUUUAAAUUUUCAUGCCUGUUAACAUGUAUUCUGGUUUGUUUGUAGCUUUCACCAGUCAAUUAUGUACAGUUAUUUCACGGACAGCAUAACGCAGUAAAUCACUCUUUGUUUGCCAUUUACUACCUUUUCAGCCUCUCCCAUCGCCUGGACUUUUCGAUUCUGCAAGAAUAGCUUUUGAAACGAAAAAACUCCAGAUGAUUUUUGGGUUGAAGCCUAUAAUUAAGGGACAGAGGGGUACGCACCCAGGUGGCGUCGGGAGCGAAGGCAUCGCCACAAUAGUCUCUGAUCCCAAGUUUCCUGCUUGUGAAUUCUUCACCCCUGGCCAUCUUUAUCCAGUCUGCUUGCGUCACUCCACUAGCCAGUCCAUAGAUGACGCAGAGAUCGACAUCUUCGGCGGAGCGUUGAGAUUUGCUGCAAGUGAAGAUGAAGAAAGCCCAUUGGAUCUUGUCCUGGGUACUGGAGAGAUGACUCCGCUGUGGAGCACUAAAGCAGUUAUGGAGGCUGUGAAAGGUCGGGUUUCAGGAGAUUUGAAAACUUACCUUCUACUAAGUCCAGAUCAGUAAGUAAUAAGAAAAAUAUGUCAGUUCUAUAAGUAGAUCUUUAGUAGCUGCGAGACUCUUUCGCGCUUAUGUCCUUUAGUCUACGAAUAGCUUUGAGCAUUUGUGGGGAAAUUUCGGUAAAACGUUUUUCAACAAAUAUUACUGGUAUUGUUUUGACACCCAAAAUAGGGGUGGGAUUUAGUUGUGCCCUUAAAAAAAAAAAAGAAAAAAAAAAAAGGAAAUUUUUCGCGUUCCUUCUGGUGGAGGCGUGGCAUUGGUAAUCCACAUGCAACAAUGGUACAGGAUAUUUUUGGUCGUUUCAGUAAAACUGAGAAAAGUUAAUAAUACCUUGGCAGGUUUUAGUUGUUGUUGUUUUUUUUUCGAAACAUUUCACCGGAAAUACCGGGUUUUUUAUACAAAUGGUAAGCGCUCAGUGAUAUUUUUUUUGUUCUUGCAAAACGUAGUCUUAAAGCCAACAUGGAUGGUCUCCGCCAAAAACCUGAUUCAUUUUACCACCUGCGGUAUCAUUCUCAAGUGAUCUUCGAUUUUAAAGCGUUUGAUGGCGUCAAACGUUAUGCAAGAUUUCGACUGAUCGCAGCUGACGGAUCACAGGAGACGGGUUUGUUAUCUGAAGAGGUCCAGUGGCAUCCUUGGUGAGUUUAUAAAACACCAUAGACCUCUAGCGAUAUCCUAAAAAUUUAUUCAGCUGUUUAUUCUUUCUCGCAGCAAGCAUUUGAAAAUUUGGCCUCAUUCAAAGUGUCCUAAUGCCGUAGUACUUAUAGCCUUAAAUUCAGAUCAGCUUAUUUAAACCCAUGUUUUUUUAGACAGCCUGUGUAUUCUCGGUUUUCACAUGACGUCACUAUAAUUCGAACUAAGAAACUAUUGCUUCUUCUGAGUUUCUACUUUCGUGUGAUAUUAGAGCACCAUAAAACCUUCAUACAAACAAAUUUUCGGUUCAAAAGGGUUCUUUGUUUUGCGAUACAGGACGCUUGAAUUUCUAGGCUUUUGCGUGACGCGUCAUUUAGCCGGUGGCCGGGAAAGCUCUUAUGUGGGUUAAAAACAUUACGGAUUUUUGGAGAUUUUGCUAUCUAAUCAUUCCUUGUCUUAGAAUAAAUAUUACUUUAAUCCUUAUGAGUUUCUCAAGCGAAAAAUUCACGCCUAAUUAGGAAAACUCAAAAACAGAUAUUGGUUUCCGGCGGCCAUAUUUGUGCCCCUGAAAGGGACAUAAACAUGGCGUCUCCAUACAAAGCUUUAUAAAUUUGGGUAAAACGUUUUUCCGAAUAUCUCGCAUAUGAACUGUUGCAUAGACCUGAUUCUUGGCAAGGCUUUUUGUGUAUUUAUCUCCUUUCAUUUCCCGGAUUCUAGACGUUCUGUAUUAAAAGGUUUCCGUUUUUAUUUCUGGUUCCUCACGUGAGUGAAAACCGAGAAUAUGUUGUGGUUCAAUUUAUCCUUGGUUUAAAUUUUGGUCUCCUUUGUUUUUAAUUAUGGUAAUGAAUGAUAAUGAGUUUGAAACAAAGGAUUAAUGAAAUUUGUACCAAGGAUAUAAUUGAACCACAACAUAUACACCCUUCUCCUCUCCUCUCCCGCAAUAGGACGGGAGAUCAAAGAAGACAGCAAACCCUGUGUGACAAGGGUGACCACAGUUUUGUUUGAAGAAAAAAAUUGCCCCAAACCGAAAAACCCAAACCCCAAACAGAUCUUUUUUGUAAAAGACCAGAAAACAUUAAUGUUAAGUGAAGUUCACGGCGAAACACGCAAAUAAUAACCUUGUCACGUUUGUCACGCACAAGCGUUUUACCGUCCUCUUCUUCCUACCUAUUGAGUAUGGAAAGACGGCGUCUCUAUCCCUUAUGACUUAUUAUUUUAUUGAUUGAUUGAUUGAUUGAUUUUUAUUUUGAGGGGAUGGGGCGGCUGUACACAGGCUAUAUUUCGUCGGAAAUUGUACAAGUAAAUACACAGUGUGCAAAGGAUAAUUUUUACAUGUAGGUGAACUGACGUAUACUCUCACCAUGGCAACAGAGACAUCUCGGAUUGGAUUAAGCUUCACGUAUAUGGAAAACGUGCUAAACUUUAAACUCCUUGAAGCUUGACUUAUGGUACUACUUUGUGUCAUUUUCUGUGGGCAAGAGGAUUAAAAGUAAAGCCCAAGGCCCUCCUCUAUAACGCAGUCUUCGCCCUGUCCGGGACCUCCCUCAUACUCAGUGACGCACUCUUUUUCAGUAGAAAAAUCGAUCAAUCUAAGUGAAACGCUCGCAACUGAUAAAAAUGAAUAAGUAUAAAUAGAAACAAUAGAAAGACCGAUGUGUCUUUACCCUGGUUGCGAGAUUAUUUCUCUCUCUUUCCUUAUUCUUAAAUGUUUUAUCCGUUCACAGGGGUUAUUCUUUUAUCUAUUCGAGAAGGGACCCCCGGAGCCAGGGUCUUUGUAGGAAAUGAAUAGUUAUGUUGAAGUAUGACUUAAUGACCAUACUUUAACAUGUUCAUUGCUCCCCGUCGAAAAUAGGGAUAAUCAAAGAUUGCCGACCGAUACCAUGCCCCUAGAUUACCUUAAACUUGAGUAUAAAGAGCGAAUUAACAAGGGACCUAUUGAGUACAAACUCCAAGUGCAACUCCACGAAGCUAAGCCCGAUGACUCGCAUCUGAUACUUCAUAUCGGGAGGAGAUGGGAUGAGAGUUCACAUCCAUGGCUGGAUGUGGCUGACCUUAAAAUGACGACGCUGCUGUCUCCAAAAGCAACGGAGCGUCUAAAGUACAUUUAUUACCACCUUCCACCCUCUAUCGACUUGUUGCCAGCCCAGUCUGCUGACGAUCCCAAUGUUAUUCUUCAUGUGCGCCAGUCGGUGUACGCUUGGUCUCAGAAGCUGCGCUCCACGAGAUCAAAUAAGAAAGUCCCAGAUCAUAUGGCCUCGUAUCUCAUCUGGGUGGAAACUGGGAGCCAGUCAGGGGCUAGUACAGAUGCUUCGAUAACUGCCUGCCUGAUAGGUAAACCCAUCCAUUUCUUGUAAUUUUUACUAUAAGGAGGUUUUAAGGCGCAUUUGGUCCGAGGUUUGUAAAAACUUGCGACAAAAUGUAUCUGGACAACAUCAUCAGUCAUAAACACGCAAAAAAAAUUAAUAACAACAGCAACAACGUUAACAAAGAAAAGUAAAGUUUAAACCAAGUAUCAAAGAGAACCACAACAUACAUUAUACUUUGGGUUGGCUGGAGAUUGCAAUAAACCCUUCCCAAAUGUUAUAUGACAUACUUCUGUAAGAUGACAAAGAUGCCUUCAAGUAUUUAACUUAGGCCUUAGUAGAUACUUUUUUUACCUCUUUUUUUUUCCCAUUUCGUAGGAACCAAAGGGAAAACAGAUAUGAUUAACUUAGACAACUGGGGCAAUGACUUUGAAAGAGGAGAUGUUAAUGAAUAUUCAGUAGAGGCCAUGGAUGUUGGUGAGGUCUUGAUGAUCCAUCUUCACAACAGUGGUGGCGGCUGGUGGUACAAAAAUCCUGAUUGGUUUGUAAACAGAAUCUCAGUGAUAAGUUCCAGUCAGCAAAAUCCGUUCGAGUUUCCUUGUUAUCGCUGGGUGUUGUCGGAUUUGGUUGUAUUUGAAGGAAAAGGUAACAAGACCUUGGUUUUACCAGAAUAUUGAUAUUUAUCAAUAUAAAGUGGUAAUGCGCGACUGGAGACGCAGUCGCCCAUUACCACCGUUCUGGACGUUUUAUACGUUUAGCACUUAAUUGGACUCGAAAUCUAAAAUAUUUCCAUCUUUUUAUUGUUACUUCUGAGAGGUUAAUGCAUAAGCCUCGCUUUCUCGUUCUCCCUCUCUUUCUCUUAGCUAUUCUUCCAUUCCAAGAUCAACCAGAAGUUGUGAAAAAUCAACGAAAGCUAGAAUUGCAACAGCGCCAAGAGAGCUACAAGUGGGGAACAUUUGCGGGCUGGGAAGGCCUUCCGAGACAUCUAGAAGCUGCCCAGCACUCUGAAAUCCCAAGAGACUCACAGUUCUCACAAGAGGCCAGAAAUUCCAUUGAUGACGAUAAAAGGAAGGCUGUUAUAGAUCUUGGUCUUGCUCACCUGUCAACGGUCUUCGAAUGCUGGGAUAACUUUGACGACUUUCAAAAGAUUGUCAGUUGUUUCUAUGGAGGAGGAGAAAAACUUGUUGAAGGCGACCGAUGGAUGACCGACAGUGUAUACGGAUCGAUGUUUCUGAAUGGUUGCAAUCCAAAUGUAGUUGAGCGUUGUGAGAAAUUACCAAGCCAUUUUCCAGUUACUGAUGAGCAGGUGAAGGGUGCUCUCGACAGCGGGCUAUCGUUGGAACAGGAAAUGAAGGUAUGACAAUGGCACAUCCAGUGUAGAUAAUAGAAUCCUUUACAUUCCAAGACGAGUACGACUACAAGUAGAGAUUUUCUCAGUGCUAACUCAAUAGUCUAACGUAAACCAACGUCAUUUUGGCGGGAAAAAGUGGUAGCCGUCGUCAUUCUACUACGAGUUUUAGCGAGAUAUCGAAGUGACGGAAACACUGACAAGAUAUCAAAUUUUAGAAGUUUUAUCAUUUUGCGAUCUGGAGAGCGCGUAACCUCCUUCACUAAAGAUAACAGUGCUAACUUUUCUAGUGAAAAAUGGUAAAAUGAAGCUUUCUGGGAGGUCUAAAUAUCCACUUUGUUUUCUGUUACGGAAAUAGGAAGGUCACGUAUACAUCGUGGAUUACAAAGUGCUGGAAGGUAUUGAUGCGCCGUCGGGGGAAGGGGAAACCAUCUACACUGCACAUCCCCUCGGACUCUUUUACGUGAAACGCUCUGGGGACCUGGUUCCUAUUGCAAUUCAGUUGUUUCAGCAACCCAGUGAUACCAACCCAAUAUGGACCCCUGGUGAUUCCAAAUAUGAUUGGCUGUUAGCAAAGAUGUGGCUUCGGUACGCUGACUUUAAAGUACAGCAGGUUUGUAGUUGAAAAAUAGGAUCAAGUUAGGUUUCUGAGAAACUGCCCACCUACCCCUCCCCUAAGCCAACAUUUUUCCCUAAGUGAGAAGUAAGUGUUAAUGUUAGCUUAGGGUGGGGGUAAGGGGGGGGGGAUAGGCGAGCAGUUUCCCAGAAACCUAAAUUGGUCCGAAAUAUAUGUGAAGAGGAUAUCGCAGCUACAUAAUAUACCCAGGAUGGAUGAAGAUGAAAUAAUUAAUUCAUGAAUUUAAUAUUGAAACUGCGUGAUGAAGAAAUAAAUGUUAAACAGAAGAUCACCGCAGCUUCAGACCCGACUUAUUUAGUUGCGAAACGAAAGCAUGAAAAAUUCAGGCCUGCUUGGAUUCCAACCGUCUGAUCUCUGCGACACCGGUGCCACGCUUUACUGAGCCAAUUGGGAGCUGGUCAUUGAAUUGGUUCGUUAUAAACCUGUGAAAGAUAAAGACGAAAUAACGAAUAUAUAUAUUUCAUAUAUUGGAACUGCGGGGUAAAGAAAUAAUGCAAAGGAUAUAAUCGUAGUUAAAGACACAAUGGUAGCUGGUUAGUAAAUGUCCAAGCCUCCUUUAAUGUAGGCAACAAAGUAGUGUAGUAGGGAUGUUUUACGCCCCUUUUUUGCGCAGGAAUCUCAUUAGCGUGCGCAAGAAGGAGGAGGUGGUGGAGGGAGAGGAGGAAGAGGAGGAGGAGGAGGAGGGAAAACAAUAAAAAGACGGCAACCAACCAGAAUGCUUCGUCAAAGGAGACAGCCAAUGAGCGUCUUUCUAAUUCCGGUCAACUAAUCAAAACAACUAUGACAUCAUAGUACUCCGGAAUACAUAUGACAUCAUCUUCCGAAAAUAACUAAAACCUGUCAAACCGGUUAUACCAACCAUGACCGCCACAAGAUAAAAAUAGAACAUGAUAUCAUUGAUAAACCCGUCAAACUGGAUAUACUUAAUGAGAUUCCACCGCAAGUUAAUGAGAUACCAAAGUAUUUUAUUCAUGAGAUCAAGACAAUAGCCUAUGACGUCACCUAGUUAAUGUGUUCCUGCGCACGCUAAUGAGAUUCCUGCGCAAAAAAGAGGCGUAAAACAUCCCUCCUACACUACUCAACAAUUUAAUUUCGCUCAAAAAUAGUCGAGUAACCUAGCACCAGUUACUGUAAAACUAAACAGCCUGUGAGCAAGCUCUCCUUCUCGAGAGAACACGCAAGCGAGUGGCAAGCAGUAAAACGUAUGAAUAAAAAUAAAUUAAGUCUUGUGUUUAUAACAGAGUAGACAGGAAAUUUCAGUAGUAGUAGUGCUAUCAAACGUUCUCAACUGUUUCAUUUUUCCGAAGGCAAACACUCAUGGUCUCCAGACCCAUAUGGUUAUGGAGCCAUUUGCCGUGGCGGCAUGGCGCCAACUGCCCUCAGUUCACCCUGUCUUUAAAAUCCUCUUCCCUCAUCUUCGCACCGUGAUGGCCAUUAACAAUUUCAUCAGGCAUAACCUUGGUAACAAGCAAGACGUGAUGCAGCUUUUGAGGAAGGGCUACAAGUCAUUUAAGUUUAGCAUGCUUUCACUGCCUGAAGUUCUUUCCAAGAAAGGAGUGGACGAUGCUACUAAACUACCCAAGUAUUUUUACAGGUGAGAGGAGUAUUUUUUAUGACAGACAAAACUUGCACCGAUAUUGCAUAGUCCAAGGAUGUAAGACUUAAGUUCGUCUGAAGGAGUUUGAAUCGAUAAACACGUUCUAUCCGUCUGCGUCAGAUAGUGAUCUCUGAUUGGUUCAGACAAACUUAGCUUAAUUUAGGUCGACCCAAAUUACAAUCUGGUUUGUCUCAGGAAAAGUUCAACAUUUGGCCUUGGCCUAUUAAGUAACAUAGAAGUGCUUCACUUACUUUCCUUUCAACGAUUAAACUAUAUUUGAAUUAUAUUUAUCAUUCUAUUCUCAGAGAUGACGCUCUUCGCUUAUGGAAGGCAAUUUUAGCUUUUAUCCAAGAAGUCAUUGUCAUACACUACAAGACAGAUAAUGAUGUUGUCAAGGACACUGAGCUUCAAGCCUGGUUACAAGAUACACAGGAGAAUGGCUUUCCUCUUGGAGAAGGAGGCAUCGAGGGUGAUCACGAGCUUCCAAAAAACCUUGCAACAAUCGACCAACUUGUUCACGUUCUUACCUGCAUAGUAUUCACGUGCUCGUGCCAGCAUGCUGCAGUGAACUUUGGACUUAUGGAUGUUGCAGGUUUUAUUCCCAACACUCCUCAUCUGAUGCGUCGCCCGCCUCCAACCAAAAAAAACGAAGCUUCUCUGGAAUCCAUCAUGAAGACGCUCCCAAACAAGUCUCAGGCUGCCCAUCAAAUUGCUUUCUUGUAUGUGACAACUAAAUUUGCCGAAGAUGAGGUAAGCCACUGAACCCUUGUUCAAACAUUACUAGUAAAUACGUUACUUCCGGCCUAUAGAGAAUGUGUUGAGAGAUCUCUUUUUUGGACAUUGAACAUGAUCUCUCCCUCGUGUUCCGAUAAUUUGCUCACUAUGCAAGAGGUAGACUGCAAAACAGUCAAACUAAAGGUCUGGACCGAGGCUGAAAACAGAGAGCGAGACUGGGCAGAGACCCUAAAAAUACUCUCGCCUCACACGCCUUAGGGGCAUGCGAGGCUCGCUCGCCUCGCGCGUAAGACUUACGCCCCACUUUACCGAUUUCUUUACUGAUUUUGAGAAAAAAACCGACUGUUUUGCAGUGUAUGUAAGACGUUACCUAGAUACCUUUCCUCCAGAGGAAGUGACUUUAACAAUUCGUGAUCUUCAGUAUUCGAACAUUUAAGCACCGAAGAUCCUUUACUUUCUGGCUCAGUUUCUUUGUCCAGUUUUCUAGGGUUUCUUCUCAUAACGGAAGAAUUAAACGGAGCUGAUGGAAUUCUACGACAAUAUAGUUAAAUGACUAUGAAAUUUCUCGAAAGAGAGACUGUUAUUGUUUUCUCUCAUUUUUAUUUUUCAGCGUUUCCUUGGAGACAGCACCCACAGUCUUUUGACGGGCGAUGAAGCAGAAGCUGCAAUUUGUCGUUUCCAGGCCUCUCUCCAGAAAAUAUCAGAUUCAAUCAAGGCUCGCAAUGAAUCGUUGGAGUUGCCUUACAUCAAUCUGUUACCUGAGCGAAUCCCCGAUAGUAUUGCUAUCUAAAUGAAACAAAGGAAUCUGGGGUUAUGUUUGACUCCUUUCUCGUAAAAACUAAGGCGAAGAAUAAUCAAAAUGAUCUGAAUAGUUGAAAAACUAGAGAAGCUAUCCAGACCAUUAUUUUGGUUUGUUGUCUGGGUAACGUUACCGACAGGAAAAAUCAUUUUCCCUAUAUUUGUGUGGAAAACCGUGUUAUGGCUUUUAAGGUUAAGUUCGAUGGGUGUCUUUCCUGGUUUAUAUUCUUAUAUUAAGGUCAGAGCUAGCGGAGUAGGGUGAAGCAUAUCUUUGUGCACAGUGUGACAAGCAUUUUCUUGGCAAAUUGCGUAGUUUUUAAAGUGGCAGUUUGAUGGGAGUCUGCCUUGGUUUUCUGACUAGUUCAUGUUCUUCAGUAUAUUGGUGAAAAUAUGAGUAGGAUUAAGCAUAUCUUGGUGUAAAGUCUGAUACAAGCAUUUUAAUGAUAAUUUGCAUAAUUUCUAAAGUGAAGUGUAAUAAGGGAAAUAAUUCCAUUUCUAAUAAAGUAGUUUGCUGUAGCAUCGAAUCUUUCGUUUCUUGCUUUUAUUUCACUUAUCGUAAGAAAUUCGGUUGAAAAUUUCUAAUAUUAAUCGGUAUAUUCCAAACGAGCCACACAAUUCAAAAUUGGCCAAAUCUGGAAGAAGAAGAAGAAGAAGAAGAAGAAGAAAAAAAAAUUCCAAAUGCCCUACCCUCUACCUUCCCAUGCUUUUUCUUAAACGGACAUACGUCUCUAUGUAUUUCGUAUUCUAAGUCGAAAAAACCUCAUAGAGAGUGCGCUGCAAUACUCCUUUCUUUGCCAAGUAAAAACCAAUUAAAGAGAUUCACAAAGUUUUCGUUUCGUUAUCGGCAUGGCAACAAAGACGUAAAUUUAACAAACCACCAGCUUAACGCUGUGUAUUGUCCCAUUUAAGCCUAUUCAGACCAGGUGGGCUUUUGGUGGGCUUUUCCUCAAAUUUAUCUGGCAACCUGUUGAAAAUCAUCGUGACGUCUUCGUCAGUAUUGAUGUUGCCAUAGCAACAAACGGGUUUUAAGUAAAGCGCAAUGCAUUAAACUAAUUCAAAAUGGUGGAUCCAAGAUGGCGGAUGGUUCCAGUUCCUUCUUUACUAAAAAAACUACCGGUACGUCAUCAGGACAUCAUGCACUCAAUCAAGCUACGCCCAGAUGUUGCAAAUAAUGGGUACAUUACUCUGUGUAAUUUUGGUGGCCAUAGAUUGAGCGGUUUUAAAGUUAGAGAGGGGGACUCGGAAGCCUUCCCCUGGCCCCCGGUCACAGGAAGCUAAAAAAAAAAAAAAAACGAUCUAAAUAGGAUUAAUGUUGUUAGUGCCUUUUUAUCCCCUUUCAUAAGACGGACAGCACUUUUACAUCACUUAGCGCUGUUCCCAAAGGCGUCCACCUCAUAGAGGCUUUUAAUUAAACUGUACCUAUAAGUGAGUCUGUAAUUGUAAUUCAAAUGACUUGUUAAGUAAAGCGUUAUGACAACGUAUGCAGAAAAAGCAUUCUCGCACGUAACACACCUAAAAAUUUGACCUCUGGUUUCCUCAUCUUCGAUAAACUUAAAGAACUGUUAUCAAUCUGGUAGAUGUGAAUUUAGUUAAAGGGGAGGUAUUAUUCAGGGAAAACUGGGAUUAUCUAAAGUACAGUACAGACCCACAGUAUAAGAACCUAGAGAUUUAAGAACCUACAGGCUGAAAUUUGACAUUUAAAUACCCAAAAUAUAAGACCCCGUUCAGCCGGGCAAAUUAGAAUACGUCCUUAUACAAAAAAAAUCACUCCAAUUUUGAUUGUCAAAAUUCUGAAUUUUAAAUGUGUGAGAAACCUCUGACGAAAAGUUAUUGUGUAAAUGUUUUCUUUGAUUUAACGUUUGUUUGGUCUUUCACUAGAAAUAUUUCUUCCAUAAAGGUACAGUGC